UUAUCUGUGAGGAUCGUUCUUUGGAUGCACUAAGACCGAAUCUAUCGAAGCAAGACCAGGAAUACUGUCAGAGGACCGUUUUCUUCUGGAUGUGUAUAGAGAUGAACUGCCACCCCGGCGGGAAAUAGAAUCUUGUCCUGAAAUGACACAAAGUAAAAGCAACCCCUUGCGUCUGUUGUAUGACAAUGUUAUUGGUUCCAUUGCAAACGAACUGAAAGGUGAUGAAUUAGUCAUUGCUCCCGAUGGUCCAUUAUGUCAGGUUCCGUUUGCUGCCUUUCUCGAUAAAGACUCCAAGUACCUCAGUGAGUCGUUUAAGAUCCGCAUUGCUCCUUCACUGACCAGUUUGAAACUAAUAAAAGAUUGUCCUGAAGACUUCCAUUGUAAGAGCGGGGCGCUGCUUGUGGGUAAUCCGUGUGUAGAGGAGAUAACAGAUCUCCUUGGGAAACCUUGGUUUCAAACUCUGCUUCACGCGGAAAAGGAAGUGCUAAUGAUCGGAAACAUUAUUAAUGCCACUCCACUCAUCGGAAAGGACGCGACUAAAGACGAGGUACUGAGACGCAUCGCUUCUGUAGCUUUGGUGCACAUUGCAGCCCAUGGAAGUGCGGAGACUGGAGAGAUUUGUUUGGCUCCAAAUCCUUCAAGGAAGAACAAGAGGCCGGAGAAGGAAGAUUACAUGCUGAAAAUGUCAGAAAUCCAUGCUCUGAAGAUCCGAGCAAGACUUGUUGUCCUCAGCUGCUGUCACAGUGGUCGCGGGAAAGUUUCUGCCGAAGGAGUGGUCGGUAUGGCAUGGGCUCUCUUGGGCUCUGGUGCUCGCUCUGUUCUGGCGUCACUCUGGGCAAUUGGUGACGAGGCCACAAAGGAGUUUAUGAAAGCUUUCUAUCAACAUCUCAGGGAUGGCGACACUGCUAGUGCAGCUCUCAAUAAAGCUAUGAAAUGCCUUAGAGAAUCUGAGAAGUUUAGCGCUCCAAAGAACUGGGCUCCAUUUGUGAUCAUUGGUGAUGACGUCACGCUGGAUUUCAGAGAACAGGAGGACGAACAUCACGAAUGA